AUGACAAGCCCAGUAAACUUGACAUCCGAGAUCUUUCCAGAGGAGUCUCAAGACGGCGCAGACACUGUCAUGACGCUUGUUUUUCUGGGAGUUCUGGGAAUCACCAUGACGACGCUCCUUUCAGGAACGUUCUGGGCAUGGAAAAAAGAGAACAAAGAGAAGAAAACGGUAAAGAAGUUAAACAAACCGAUUAAAAGUCGUUUUAAAAGAUAUUUAGAUAAGUUAAGGAACUGGGUCCGGUUGCUCAAACGUUGGAUAGUGCUAUCCACCGGAUAAAUCACUAUCCACCGGAUAGCGUAAUUAGUUUCCCUAAUACUUAUCCGCUGGAUAGUGAUUUAUCCGGUGGAUAGCGCUAUCCAACGUUUGAACAACCAGGGCCUGGACGAUAAAAUAUCAAUUAUCAUGAAGCUUCUUUUAAAAAAUUGUUUACUUUAAUAAAGGAUUGCUCCUAAAGAAUCAAAGAUACUUUUACAGAUUUCUCUUGAAAGUAUCUUUCCCCCUAUCUGGUAGGUUCUGUUUUCAAGUCUGUGACGUCGUCGGCUGUCAUCCCUCCCUAUUAACUGUUUAUUGGUAGUUGAAGAGCCGUGUUGUAUUUCUUUUAUGUGCGCGAAGGUUUUUUCUUCCUUUAUUGUCUGAUAAUAUCAGUUGUUUCACGGUAGUAUAUUUCUUCUUUUAUAUCAAACAGGCUGGUGUCACAGUCAUUCCACAACAAUCUCUUCAUCGUCGACCACAGCACUACCUACUAAUGUUUUACACAGGAUCUGGUCGACACAGUGCAACCACUGCAAAUGUAUUUUGUCAAAUCUACGGAAAUGUUCUCAAGUCAAAACCCAUUGUGCUUCGCGACCCUGACAGACCGCUGUUUCAGUCUUCUUCUGUGAGCUCUUUCCUCGUCACCUUAAGCCGUUCUCUAGACAAGAUACGAGAAAUCCAUAUCUGGCAUGACAUCUCUGGUCCAAAUCCCCCAUGGUAUUUAGAGAGUGUUGUAAUUUGCCAUCUGAACACAGAUGUUACGUGGUAUUUUGAGGCAAAUCGCUGGCUUGAUGUUAGCACAGGCUCAAAGGAAGUUGAGUGCAGGUUGCAACCUUUACAAAGAAGGUCAUUUCUUAGAAGCACGACCUUGUUUAAUGCUAAAAUUAAUGAUAACUUCAAAAACAAGCAUCUUUGGUUCUCUCCAUUUUUUCCAAAUAAUCGAAAAACGUUUGGCAAAUUUGAAAAAAUAUCUUGUUGUUUAGCCUUGGCUUCAACGAUGGCACUGAUUGCAACUGCCCUGGUAGAAACAACCCAGACUAUCUUCUCUGAUGCUAAAGUGUCAUUAGGACCAUGGAAUUUAAAACUUGGCGAUAUUUACAGAGGUAUUGUGUGCAGUGCAGUUGUUUUCCUUGUUCGCCUUUUGCUGGAAAGCCUCUUCGUAAAUUCUCAAAGAGAAAGAACUUUAGACACAAAAGAGAGAAAUGUUGAGGAAUACAUUCAAGAUACAUUUGAAAAGCUAAAUUCAAUCACAUUCGUGAGAGAGAGUACAGUGACCGACGAAGGUGAAUGUUCUCUAACAUCUCAAGGCGAGACUCUUACGUCUGACGACAAAAUCAAUGACAAAGAAGAACUCACAAGCUCUAAGGAAGAGCAAAAUGAAAAUGAAUUUGUAGAUGAUCCCAAAACAUAUAGCUUAGAAAGAAGACUGAGCCUGAACGACGUCGACGUGGAAUAUUUCUCUGAGACGUUAGCAGAGAAAAGCGAAGCCGAGAACUUUUGCUCUUCAGACGAAGCCCAAGACCUUAGAGACUUAUUUAAAGUUCUUGGAAACGUACCUGAAAAAGAUGAACUUUUGAAGAUUCUUGGCAACAGGAAGAACAAAUUUCCAAACGACAGUUCUUCGCAGGAACCAAUAGAAGAAAAACGAGCUACUCACAAUAAGGAACCUUUACUCCAGAAUCACAAUUUUUGCCAAGAAUCAGUUGUUUGGACUACAACGGUUACCAACCCCGAUGAAAUUCCAGAAUUGUGGAAACAACUUCCAUUUCCGCGUCACGUAAUCGAUGAUUGCAGUAUUAAGAAGAUAAGUGGUAGCAUGCCCAAACUCCCCAAAAUUGUCUUCAAGAUUACUCAAGUCCAAUGUUUUGCUAUUCCUUUGCUUUCAACUGUUAUAGUUGUGCUGAUUGGCAUCCAGUGGCCUGUUUCUAUGGUAACCUCCUGGAUUAUAACAUUUGCAAUUACUCUGGUAUUUGAAAUUUUUGGUUUGGAAGUGCUUUAUAUUUUCUUACACUCACUUUAUUUUGCAACAUGGUACAAAACACCAGUUAAAGAAGAAGAUUUGAUUAACGAACUGGUCUUAAAUAAAGUGUGGAUUAAUGAUGAACAGACUAUAACAUAUUACAGUGACGAAGUCAUCAUGGCUGGAGAAGAUGGAGAGGAAGUUCCUCGGCCCCCGACUAAAGAAAACAUACAAAAAGCGCAAGAAUCUGCAGGGAGGGAGCGGGAGUUGGAAGAUGUUUUGAAAAUGCUCGUGUUUGAUGUUCUAUUUUUAGUGCUCCUGUUUCUCAUAUCUUUCGGAAACAGGGAUCCCUUAUCUUAUCCUUCAAGAAGUGGUAUCGAGAGUUCUUUCAACAUCAGCAAAAGCUUUGAUAAAAAGGUAAUUAGUUUCGUCUUAAAUUUGUUAAUAUCACGUAAAUACUGUGUAACUAAGGCCCUUAGUCCCUUGGAAUACAAUUAAAUUACAUUUCACAAUAGCCACUUAUCGACAUUUGAAAGAAGUAUGCAGGGGCAUGUGAACUUUUUUGUGCUCGUAGUUUGUUAAUUGUAUCUUGCUGUAUCUUUCUUUGUCCAGAGUCUUUCAUUUAUGAAAGAAAAUACCAAAGAACAAUUGAAAAAGUUUAUCGUCGUCUUCAUACAUACUUUUUAGUCUAAAAAAAAAAAACCAAACCAAAGAACUGGUAAAGGAUAUUAACUGAGGCGUAUUUUGGGAAGUGUGACCAGGAUAAAAAGACGUGAAACUGAUGAUAUCAUACACUUUUAAGUGCAAUCCCUCUCGUGGAACGGCUUUUGUUUGUUCACCUUUUCUUAGAAAUUCACGUUUUAGCAUGUUAUGUUGCUUCAAACAAAACCCUGCUUGUAGUUAUUUUAGCGCGUUUUCAGUGACAAAAUUCCGACGACAGGAGCGGGGAAAUUGCAAUUUAAGGUAUAAAAUCCCUUACAUCACUCAUCUUUCCGUACAGGAAUUUUUAGAGUACUUAUUUUUAUUUUACAGGUAAAAGACACCGAAACGUUUUGGAAAUGGCUCAUGAAUGAUACCAUUCCAGUUCUCUUGUAUGAUCCUUUUGAUAAAACACCCAACGAUGGUAGACGUCACUUUCUAAAUGAUGGCUUCUCGUACGUGCUUGGAACUGCCAUUGUUCGACAACAGAGAAUACACCCAGGAGGUACAUUGUCUUUUUAAAGGGACAGUGGAAAUUAAACACAAAUAGCGAAUUUUUACUCCUAUGGCUAUCAUCAAAUACGGCUAUAAACAUGAUCGCAUUAACCUAAACGUUUUCUUAAUAGAUGUCUGAAACUCUGCAAUAAAUCAUUUUAGACAAAUAACUUGCCUUGAACUAUUGGGACAGUGCAUGCAGUCUGGGAGUUUAGUGUGCCAAUUGUCUCCUUAAAAACCUGGCUUUAUGUAAAAAUUCGUUUAAAUAAAAUUUUCAUCUCUAUUGAAUACAACAAAGCAAAAGUAUUCCUACCCUCUCAGAGUCAACAAUGGAACAGCUCAUCUGUCAGCAAAGUUGAUCGUGUGAUCUUUUGCAUUUCCAUUUUCAUCUUAUUUCUUCAUUUCCCUUUAUAUUCAAUACAGUGUAAGUUUCUCUUUAAGGUGACUUGACCCAGUUUUUUGGGGGGUACCAUCCUACUUUGAAGCUCUCUGGUAUCCUCACCUUUACUUUUAUCGUAAGUCCAACUCAUAGAAUGGAUAACGAAUAGAUCAAUCUACAAUAUAACAUAAAAUUUUUGGCGAUCGGAGUAAAUGUCACGUGGUUAUAAUGCCACGCCCCUUUGAGGUCUGAGUCGAAAAUCUGCUGUUGCCGGCAUUUUUUUGUGAAAACCUCUCUGCUACACAUAGUGAGCAUUAGUGCCUUGCACUGAACAUAGUUUCACCAAAAUCGCAAAGACCCAAUUCGAGAAAUUCAGCGGUUUCCAAAUUUAGGUCAUGAUUUAUGCGAAAAUGAAAAGCCAACUUUACACGAUUAUAUCUAAUAAACUAUCAGAUGUAUCCCUUGAUUUUGGGGAUCUUUAUAACAGAUGGGUCCUUGCAAGUCAGCAAGAAACUUUAGGGCCUUGUAAAUGCGCGCGAUUUCGAACAAUGCAAACAUAUACAAAUUAUAGUUUUAGCUAGUUGUUGACGUUUGUCAGCGUUUAAGAGUCCUUCUCACGAAAAAAGCAUUUUCUUAAAAAUUCAGGGCCACAAUUGUUCAACUGACUACCCGAAUUCUGAAUUUUAUGGUCAAAAACUUGAGUAAACAUUGAAGAUUUUUAGCGUUUUGGCUGAGUUUGUGCUUUGGGAGUUUUCUAUUGUUUCUAGUCUGUCAUGAUACAACAUUCUUGUUCAGCACGCGUGCAAUGACCGCGCUUGGCUGACUUCCCAAUGUUCACCAAGAUAUGAUCAUUUUGUAUGAGAAAAUAGAAGGGAUUCCCAUCACCUAACGUCUAAGACAUGAACACCCUCAGCGCUUUGUAUACUGCAGGAGGUACAAGGGCUUUGCUAACAAUUUUAGCAUUACCUCUAAGCAAGACGAGCAAGAAAGAUUCUAGAGCGAAACCAAGAGUCACAAAAAAACUGACAGUGCUUACAAGUGUAAUUAAUUUUAUCACUACCAGAUAAAAGGAUAUUAAGUAAUGAGUUGGUUUAAUUAUUGGCUUGUAUUAAACCUAUGUAAAAAUGGUAUUUUUUUCAAUGGUAAGUAGAUUUAGUGUGUAGCAUUUCUUGAUUUUUUUGCAAAGGCACAAGAAGCACGAGAAUUGAUCAAAAAUCGUGAGUUAAACCUCUACUUAUCACGCCAUCACCUGUCUCACCGUACCAAAAUUAUCAUUCUCGGUGAGCAUUCGGAAGUCACUGCACGCGUGCUGAACAAGAAUGUUGUAUCAUGACAGACUAGAAACAGUAGAAAACUCCCAAAGCACAAACUCAGCCAAAACGCUAAAAAUCUUCAAUGUUUACUCAAGUUUGGGCUUAUAGAAGAUAAUGUCACAGUUUUUCAAUGAUCAUGAAAUUCAGAAUCCGGGUAGUUAGUUAAUCAAUUGUGGCCCUGGAAAAAUUUGAAGGAAAAAAAAAACUACGAAUUUGGAAACUGCUGAAUUUCUCGAAUUGGGUCUUUGCGAUUUUGGGACUCUGUUCAGCGCAAGGCACUAAUGCGCACUACGUGUAGCAGAGAGAUCUUCACAAAAAAAUGCCGGCAGCAGUAGAUUUUUGACUCAGACCUCAAAGGGUCGUGGCAUUAUAACCACGUGACAUUUACUCCGAUCGCCAAAAAGUUUAUGUUAUAUUGUAGAUUGAUCUAUACGUUAUCCAUUCUAUGUGUUAGACUUACGAUAAAAGUAAAGGUGGGGAUACCAGAGAGCUUCAAAGUAGGAUGGUACCCACCCAAAAAAACUGGGUCGAGUCACCUUAAAAAUGCUUAUUAUUUCUUACUAAUCUGCUUUAAAAAAGUUUUAAUAUACCUUUCACUUGGCCUUUUCUGUUUGUCUUAUUCCUGAUCUGGUAUAUUUCACUGUCACUGACACAUGCAUUCUGAAUUAUCAACGAGGCCAAGCAAAGCUCUUAAGCUCGGUUUUACAACAACAAAACCACCUGACCUCCCAAGACCUGUAGCCAUCCUGUAGCCAAUGUUACCUGACUUCAAUCGUAAGUGAUACGAGCAAAACGAAAUUAAAUUCUUUAAUAAUUAUCGAUGAGGCUGGUUUGCUAUGAAGGAUUUUUUACAUAGGAAUGAAAUGAAGACGAUUUAAAGGAGUAGAAAGCGGAGAAAUAACCUGAAUGGAUUUUUAACAAUUAUUGGAUGAGGCUGAACAAUUAUGGAGAUCUCGGGGGUGUAUCCACCUAGGCCGAGUUGCAGUUCUUUCUGUUUUUCCUAUGAUUUUAGGCAGCAAUUCCGUUCUUUCAUCUUUGCGAAAAGUAAGAAAUGUUCCGCCAUUUGUAAUACUCUACCAAAAAAAAAAUGCAAUCUCGUCCCAGAGCUUCUCCGUUUUAACGUCAUUUUCCACAUAUCGCAAACGUCUUCCAAAUUUGGUCAACGCCAGCUAAUUAUGAAGAAUUAACCGCGGGAUUUGAGCCAAUCAGAAACGGAGAAAUGUUUUAAAUAACUAAUAAUUCAAAUAAUCUUAGUUAUUGUUAGUAAUUAAUUAUCAGAUGUACAUGGUGCUCCCCGAUGUGUGAUUUUAGAAAAAAUAUGCAAGAAAAUCAUUAUAUGUUUUAGACAAAAAUAAUUGGCGUUUUAUUUCCUUCUCAGCGAGCUGCGAGGUUGCUGAUAUUGCCAAGAAUACUUUUGUUGAAUGUCAUCCCGUGAGACUAAUCAACAGCAAUGAAGACAAAAGUUUGUACCGUGAAGGGUGGAAGAAAAACACAGUGUCUAAGGAAAGCGAUAUGUAUGAGUCAUCACCAUGGACAUAUGUGGAUGGACAAAAAUCCAAAACUGAUUAUACCUCAUGGGGAAGAACAAAUGCCUUUCAUGGUGGAGGUUAUAUUGCUUAUUUGACAAGUGAAAGACAAUCUACUCUUCAACUACUCAACUCAUUAAAAGAACAUCAUUGGGUUGACCAGCUAACAAGAGUGGUAUUUCUUGAGUUUUCAAUCUACAACGCGAAUGUUAACAUUAUAUCUGCACUUAUAUUUUCCGUAGAAUUUUCGUCUUAUGGCGGAGCGUUACCACGUUUUGAUAUGUAUUCUUUUCGUUUGUAUCGCUAUUAUACUCCCCUGCAGUUCAUGUAUCUUGCUUGUGAAGUGGUAUUCGUUGUCUUUGUAGCACAGCUUAUCAGUCGAGUGGGACAUCAAAUCUAUCGAGAUCGGUGCAGCUACUUCAUGUCAUCCUGGAAUUAUUCUGAUCUUUUGCUGAUCGUUUUCUCAAUUGUAACAAUUGCUUUAUAUGCGGUUCGUUGGUUUCACCUAAGCAACGCCAUUGAAGCAAUUCGAGAAAACCCCGACAAGUUUUAUGACUUUUUGACAGUCUCAUUAUACGAUGAAUUUAUAGCUUACAUGUCCUGUUUAAUCUUUAUCAUCCCUUGCCUUCAAUUUAUGAAGUUUUUAAAGUUUAACAGGAACUUUAUGAUAUUUUACGGAACUCUUGAGAGAAUUCGUCAAGACGUUUGUGGCUUUGCAUUUGUGUUUUUGGUCAGUAUGCUAUGCUAUACUUUCUGGGCCUACACCAUGCUUAAAACAGUAGCAGAGGUUUUUAGCACAUUUGGAGGAACAUUUUACAGUAUGAUCGCUAUGUUGUUAGGAAAAUUUAGCUUCAGGUUAUUGUCACCUGGCCAGGCUUUUACAACAUCUCAAGUUGGACCGUUCUUCACCUAUGCGUUUACAUGUACCAAUGUAUUCUUCAUAUUAAACAUUAUACUAACCAUCAUUGCUAUAGGAUUUACGGAGGCACAGAAAGACGAACGAUACCAGAAAAGCGAGUAUGAAAUAAUGAGCUUCAUCUCCAAUUAUGUUAAAGACCGUUUAGGUCUUCUCCCCCCUUAUAUACCACCGCCACCGCAAAUAUCACCUGCGGUUAAAGAAAAACACUACACGUACUUUCAGUGGAAGUCAUGUACAAGUUAUGUGAUCCAGAGUCAGUUUAGGCGAAUAAUAAAAUUCACCAACGACAGCUAUUUACAGGAUUUUAAAGAGGAGUUAGAAAUUGUUGCAGAUCUGCUCGGGAUACCAAUGCCAAGAAAGAUCCUAGAUGAAAUCGUUCGCAGGGAAGAAAAUUUGGAUAGUUUUGCUCACCUGUAA